AUGGGAUAUAAAGGAUGCGACUCAGUGUUGCGACAAAGAUGCGCUCAGCUGAAUGCCACGGAGAUUCGUCCACCGGAUACGUCCACACUGGAAAUGACGAAUCCUGCGAUGCUCCAUCACGCCUCUGAAGUGAUGCACUUCGUUAGCAUCGGGGUCACUGGCCUCUUCAUCGCCUUCACGGUGCUCAAAAUUGUUUGCCUUGGCCGGAAGUUCUUUACAAACAUCUAUGAGGUGACCGAUGCGCUUGUCAUCCUGGUAUCGUUUGUCUCGGACAUAUCCUACAUAAAGCUGGACUCUCAGGAAAUCUCAGCAAUGGUGAUUCUUCUUCUCUGGAGAAUUGUGCGUCUCAUCAACGCUAUGUUGAUGUACGAAAGGCAACGCUGUGAAUUCCGAGUAAUUUUGCAGAAGCGUGCACGACGCCUUCAAGAACGAAAAGUUGAUAAUCUCCAACGGAAUAAAGAAUUAUUUCAGAAACACAUAACAAACCUGGAAGAGCUAGCCAGAAACCUUGGAUGCUCAGAGGAAUCCAUCAGAGACUGCAAACCUCGUUAUGUGUAUCACUCAAAAGAACAAACCCAAAAUGCCUUGAAGUCGAUUGCCGCCCUGACAACCGGCUUUAUGGGCGGACUUGUUGGAGCUCCACUUGCUCAAAAGGAAUCCAUAGCUCGAUUCACGGCCAACAGUCCUCCUGCGCACAGUGCCAAUCAGCUCAAGACUUUGCACUCGCGCAACUUAGAUUGA